GAAGUAAAGAAAAUUGUUGUUUGAUGACAUAAUCUUAUGUAUUCUCAAGCGAACGAGAAAAAUAUAUCCGAUCGUUUAUCCGUAGCUGAUAUUUUAUCAUCUAUGGCUAAUGGCGCAGAUGAAUCCCCCGCUUCAGUAGCAUGUUCUACCAUUGAGGGCUUGACAUGUGGAAUACCAACUCGUACCACCCCAACACUAACUCCUACAACAUUAAAGAAUAUUGAGGAAUCAUUCAUGGAAUUGCAUUCGAUCCCUCCUGCACCCCUUGAACAUCAGCACCAAGCUGGUUUUGCUCCCCCAGUUGUCUCCUUUCCUGGAAUACCAAAACAAGAGGAAAACCAUUGGGUCGAUGAUUGCAUGCAUUCUUCAGAUCGAUCUCUUGACUCGCCAUGCCCUGCCUCUGAAGCAUCGACUACAAGUUCCCGAACAUCAAAGGGUGGUAGGAAUGGAGGACGACGUCCUAUGAGGGAUGAAAAACUCAGUCCUGAAGAAGAAGAAAGGAGGAGAAUAAGAAGAGAAAGAAACAAAUUAGCUGCAGCUCGUUGUCGUAGAAGAAGAAUGGAGCUCACUAGUAAUUUAAUGAAUGAAACAGAUGGUCUUGAAGAUAAACGACAAAGUCUUCAGAAUGAAAUACAUAUGCUCACAUGCCAAAAGGAAGAACUUGAGUUUUUACUGGAAGCCCACAAAGCUACUUGUAAAAUGAAUCACAAUUCUUCAAAAAACAAGUCAAUGGACAAUAAACCUCAGUUCUCUAAGUCAAAGUCUUAUACUCGUCCAAACACUCUGUCCUUGUCUUCAAAUUUCAAUAAUUCUGAAGGUGUUUCCCUCAGAUCGUCUCCUGACGUGUCCAAUCUCAAUGGUUUGAAUACAUCCUUAAAUACUCCUUCAGCUGGUCUCUACUUCAACAUGAUGGAUGGCAAUGGUUGUGUGACAAGCACAGCUAGUAGUGGCCUUUCUUGUGUGAUAUCUUCAUGUGGUGGACAACAACGAAGCUCAAGCAGUGAUUUGUCUAGUCCUGAUUCAAUUCCACCAAAGCUAGUAUCUUUGUAACUCUUUCACCAGCUGCAAAACUGCUUAAAUUUUAUUGGACACACAGUUUCGUCUGAGUAUUAUUCAUCAGUUUUAAAAUUUUGCUCAUACAUUAUUAGUACAUUUUAUUUAAACCCAUUUGCUUAGUUUUAAAUGUUAUGUUUUUCCUCACAAAAAGUUCUUGACCUUUGAAUCUUUUCAAUAUUGUAAUAUUUUAAAGGUGCCUAUGUUUCAAUA